GUCUCGGCAGAGCUGCAGGAGAGGAGACGUCUCUCUGUUUCUCUCUGAAGACUAAUUCAACUGAAGGGUCUUUUUUUCUGACAAACACUUGUUGUAGAGAUGUCUGCUGCCAGCUGUCUGCUGACUGAAGAUCAGUUCCUGUGCUCCAUCUGUCUGGAUGUCUUCACUGAUCCUGUCACUAUACCAUGUGGACACAACUUCUGUCAAAAGUGCAUCACUAAACACUGGAAUAUCAAUGACUCCUGGCACUGUCCCAACUGUAACAAGGUUUUCACCAGUAAACCAGAACUACAUGUUAAUACCUUCAUCUCUGAGAUGGCUGCUCAGUUCAGACAGUCAGCUCAGCAGAAAUCCAGCAGCAGCAGCAUAGAGAGGGAAGUUUCCAAACCAGGUGAAGUUCCCUGUGACGUCUGCACUGGACCCAAACUGAAGGCCCUGAAGUCCUGCCUGGUGUGUCUGCUUUCUUACUGUGAGACUCACCUGGAGCCUCACCUGACCAUGUCACGUCUGCAGAAGCAUCAGCUGAUCCACCCUGUGGAGAACCUGGAAGGCAGGAUGUGUGAGAAACAUGACAAACUGCUUGAGAUGUUCUGCAGGAACGACCAGAUGUGUGUCUGCAUGAUGUGCGCUCUCUUGGAGCACAAGACUCAUGAUGUUGUUCCUCUGAAAGAAGAAUGUGAAGGAAAGAAGGCCAAGCUGGAGAUUACAGGAGAAGAAAUUCAGCAGUUGGUCCAGAAGAGACGAGUAAAGAUUGAAGAGCUCAAACUCUCAGUGGAGCUCAGUGAUAAGAAUGCAGACAAAGAGAUAGAAGAAGGUGUUAAAAUCUUCAGCGCUCUGAAAGAAUCUGUAGAGAGACGCCAGGCUGAGCUCAUCAACAGCAUCAAAGAGAAGCAGAGAGAGACGAAGAAACAGGCUGAAGGCUUCAUCAGAGAGCUGGAACAGGAAAUCUCUGAGCUGGAGAAGAGAUGUGCUGAGGUGGAGCAGCUCUCACGCUCUGAAGACCACCUCCAACUCCUCCAGAACUUCACGUCUCUGAACGCUGCUCCACCCACCAAGGACUGGACUGAAGUCAGAGUCCAUCCACCUUCAUAUGAGGGGACUGUGGUGAGAGCUGUGAAGCAGCUGGAGGAGACCAUCAGUGAACAGAUGAAGAAGCUGUUUGAGGCCGAGCUGAAGAGAGUCCAGCAGUAUGAGGUGGAUGUGACACUAGAUCCUGAUACAGCAAAUCCAUUUCUCAGCCUGUCUAAAAAUGCAAAGCAAGUUUUUACUGACAAGGUAAAGAAGGAUCUUCCAGACAAUCCAGAGAGAUUUGAUCUGUUUGUUAUUGUCUUAUCAAAGCAGAGUUUCUCUUCAGGCAAGUCUUACUACGAGGUUCAGGUUAAAGGAAAGACUGGCUGGGUUUUAGGAGUGGCCAGAGAGUCGAUCAACAGGAAGGGAGAAAUCAUACUCUCUCCUCAGAAUGGUUACUGGACAAUAUGGUUAAAUAAUGGAAAAGAGUACAUUGCUGGUGCUGACCCAUCCAUCCGUCUCUCUCUGAAGUGUGGUCCUGAGAAGGUGGGGGUGUUUGUGGAUUAUGAGGAGGGUCUGGUCUCCUUUUUUGACGUUGGUACUGCAUCUCUGAUCUACUCCUUUACUGGCUGCUCCUUCACUGAGAAACUCUACUCUUACUUUGGUCCCUGUAACAACAAUGCUGGUAAAAACUCUGCUCCUCUGAUCAUCUCUCCUGUCAGUCACACCAAGUAGAUAAAUCUGAUUUUCUAGGAAAGAUUUACUAUCACUUAUAGUAAAAAUGAACAUUUUUGACUCUUUAAGACAUCAUAUUGUUGGGUCUUUGUAUUCAGAUCAAUGUGGGGGUCAUAUCACAUUUAUGGGUGCACCAAUUUCUAGCCAGUCACCGAUCUUUAAAAAGCCUGACCUGCUAAUUCUGAUUUUGGCCGAUACCGAUUUUUUUGUAACUGAUAGCAUACACCAUCAAUGUUCCAAUCUUAUUUUAUCGAAUA